AUGUUUCUAUCGCCUGGCCACUCUCCACGUCAUCUAUCUUCUCCAUCACCGUCUUCUAACGCCGACGAUGGUCUCCGAUCAACCCCUCGCACCUCCUCCUCUGAGAUCACGCCGCGUAACCCUAGAAAACGGAUGAGAGUCCUCGACGAAGACGCUUACGUGGAAGCGAUCGAGAAGAUCAUCGAGCGCGAUUACUUUCCCGAUAUAACGAAGCUUAAAGACCGUCUCGAUUGGAUCCAGGCGGUUAAAACCCGUGACCCGAUCCAGAUCCGAGAUGCUCAGUUAAAGAUCAUCGAGAGGCGUGGGAGGAAAGCUAAUCCUCGUGUAGGAGAUAAUACAGAGGGUAAGACUCAGACUCCUGGAUCUACUUUCUUGAGAAAUUUCACUCCUCUAGAUGAAUUUGAUGGUAAGACUCCCAGAACUCCUAGAGAAGUAGAAGUAGUUGGAGCUGAUAAUGAUGGAGACGGAGAUGUAGAUGUUAAUAUGUCCUUAGAUGAGUUCUUUAAGAGGUAUACAAGUGAGGAUAACGAAAGCUUUUCGAAGAUUCUUGAGAAGGUUAACAAGAGGAAGAAGGAGAAGUAUAAUUAUCUCCUUGAAGGUGAAAGUGAUAAUAAUAAUAAUCUGAUUGAGGAUGUGAAGAGAGAUAGGAUUACAGAUGGUUACGGUACGUCGUAUCAGCCACCGAGUACUUUAGAAGGAUGGAAAUACACAGCGAAGAAUCUUCUCAUGUACCAUCCAGCUGAUCGCGGCGAGGCGGCGUUAACCGAAGAGGAGAGAGCUGUGAGGUUAGCUGGAUUGACCAAGGAGAUAGCUAAAGGGAACACUCGUUUUCAAGGGAAGAGUAUGGAUUCUAGGCCGAGGGAGGAUGGUUCCGUUGAGAUUCUCUACACUCCUGUUGCGGGUUCUUCGCCGAUGCAUGUUAGGGAUAGGGACAAGUCCAAGAGGUAUGAUUUGGAUGAUUUGAGGAAGACUCCGAAUCCUUUCUAUUUGGAGUCGGAUAAGAGGGCGGAUAAUGGUUAUAGUUUUGUUAGAACGCCGUCUCCUGCGCCUGGUCUUGAUGAGUCACCGUUUAUAACGUGGGGUGAGAUUGAAGGGACGCCGAUGAGGUUAGAUCCUGAGGAUACGCCUAUUGAUAUUGGUGGUAGUGCUGAUGGACCUCAUUACAAUAUUCCAUCUGCGCCUGCGAGAGAUGUGGCGGCUCAUUCUUUAUCAAGGGACGCGUCGCGGAAGAUAAGAGAGAGGUCGAACAGUAUGUUUAAGAAGCCUCCGUUGCCGUCUCCUCAUCGGAGUGGGAGUGCGAGUCCGAAUGUUAGGACGCUUUCACCCGCUGCUCAGAAGUUUUUCAGACGGGCGAUAGGGAAAUCUUCUUCUACUGUUGAUGAGAGUCUUCGUGCAAGUUAUCGUGGAGCCAGUCCUGGUGGUGUGACUCCUAAGAGUGUAAGAAGUGCUUCUAGGUUCGGGAAAGAUAGGCUCACCUCUGGUUCAAGGUCGCCUUGA